AAGCAAACGAAACUCAUCAUUUUGUUAAAAAUUCUCCCAAUGCCAUGAAAUUCGGAAACUAUCCUUAACGAAAAAUCGAAGCUUCCUCGUUUUAAUUCAUUAAUUUUCCUGAUGGAUUGUAGUUCUUGUAACUACUCACUUGGCACUAUUUCAUCUUGUUCUGUUAAAAGAAUUACAUUUCCAACAAAAUUGGAGUUCCGUAGAAUUUUCUUUCAGAAGAAAUCUGAAUUUUUGAAACCCAGAGUAUGCCCAGGUCUCAGUUUGCUGGAUUCUUUGCAGCAUAUUAGUAACUUCAAUUUCAAAGUCCUACCCAAAUCUAAGGUUUCAGCAUGGAAGAUACCUUAUUCAUAUUCACGUGGUAUAAGAAGUGAUUAUCCUCAGAAUGCCGAUUUCCCCCAGUACUAUUCUAAAAAGGAGAAAAAGCCAUUUCCAAUUCCCAUUGUGCAAUUGAGACGGGCUGCUAGGGAGAGGAUGAAAAAGAGUAAAGGCCAGCCGAGACGACCAGCACCACCUCCAAAGAAUGGGUUGCUAGUCAAGAGCAUGAUACCAAUUGCCCACAAUGUGUUCAAUGCAAGAAUUACAUUAAUCAACAAUCUCAAGAAGCUCUUGCAGGUGGUAACUGUGCAUGCUUGCGGGUUUUGCAAUGAAAUCCAUGUGGGGCCUGUUGGACAUCCAUUCAAGUCAUGCAGAGGGCCGAAUGCCAAUUUCCGUAAGGGACUUCAUGAGUGGACAAAGGCAACUCUUGAAGACAUAUUCCUGCCUGUAGAAGCAUACCACCUCUACGAUCGCCUUGGAAAGCGUAUUUCUCAUCAUGAAAGAUACUCAAUUCCACGAAUUCCAGCAGUAGUUGAGCUUUGCAUUCAAGCAGGUGUCGAUCUACCUGAAUAUCCUGCAAAGAGGAGAAGGAAACCGAUCAUCCUCAUCUCAAAAAGUGAAUUCAUCGACGCAGACGAAAGUGAACUACCAGACCCUGAACCAGAACUACCUCUGAUACCUCUUUUAACAGAGAUACCAGAUUCCGAUGCCGAGGCUCCAAGCGACGAAGAAGAUAUAGCUUGGCUUGCUGACCAAACGCUUCAAGCAUGGGAGCAAAUGAGGCAAGGAGCCAAAAGACUCAUGAAGAUGUAUCCAGUGAGAGUAUGCGGGUAUUGUCCGGAGGUACAUAUUGGUGGCAGCGGGCACAAGGCACAGAACUGUGGAGCCUUCAAGCACCAACAACGAAACGGGCAACAUGGUUGGCAACGGGCCGUGCUCGAUGACUUGAUACCGCCCAGAUACGUGUGGCACGUACCAGACAUAAAUGGACCUCCAUUGCAGAGAGAGCUAAGAAACUUUUACGGGCAGGCACCUGCAAUAGUUGAAAUAUGCAUUCAAGCUGGCGCUGCUAUCCCAGAUCAGUACAAAUCAACCAUGCGAAUGGAUGUGGGAAUUCCCUUCGACAUUAAAGAGGCUGAAAUGGUAGUUUGAGGAUUCACCACUUUGAUAUUUUUGUAUACAUUGUCAAUAUGCUAUGUUUUGGCUCCAGAAGGAAUUUGAAGAAGACUUUUUAAAGCCUUCUUAUUCAGUGCGACCACCACGAGCAUGGGCAAAACCGUCUUUUACCUUAAUCUUCGCAAGUAGUAUCAAAUGAAGGCGAAGAUUGCAACA